AUGGGGACGUGUGAAAAAGUCACGUGGACAGUAAAGAUAGUUUCCUAUUUGACGUGGACAGUAAAGAUAGUUUCCUAUUUUCUUUUCGAAAAUAUAACAUUUCGAGUCGGUCGAGGGCUUAGUCUCAAUAGAUCGCAGUGUGGUGGCUGCUCUACUAAGUACGACACCCCGAGCCUGAGUCAAGUGGUCUACGAGCGAUCCCUCGUCUCACGCUCCACGGGGGGUUCGAAAUUCGACGGCGACGGCAAAAUCCCGCCUGUCGCGGAUGUCAAAUCGGGUGGCCCGUUCGCAGACGCCGCCACGUUCAAUGUGACAACAGCCAAAGUAGCGGACGCGCACGGCGACGACGAGCGCCACCGACGCGGACCACGACGACCGCAACCGCCCCUAGCGACAACGAUGCCCGCUAUGGCAGGCUCCAGCGGAACGAAAAGAGAUGCCUUUCAGGCUUUCAGCCGUUAUCGCGCGGAGGCAGCGUGGCACCGCCGCUCGUUCGAGCGAGCACGCGAACCGUUGCUCCGAUCCCGCGGUUCCUCUCGUACUGGACGGGAUAGCCGUGGCCACGGCCGACGUAACACGUGUCGAUCGGUAGGAUAA